AUGACAACCGCACUCUUCGCACCCAUCCGAGUAGGGCGCAUGAACCUCAGCCACCGCAUCGUCCUCGCCCCCCUCACCCGUGUUCGCGCCUACCCAACUCAUGUCCCUGGGCCCCAUGCAGCCACCUACUACGCACAACGUGGCUCUGUCCCUGGAACACUCCUUGUCUCAGAGGCCACCUUUAUCUCCCAAGCUGCUGGCGGGAUAGACUUUGUCCCGGGUAUCUAUACUCAGGAACAUGUAGAGGGAUGGAGAAAGGUCACGGAUGCCGUGCAUGAGAAGGGUAGUUUUAUAUUCUGCCAGCUGUGGGCACUUGGGCGAGCUGCAGGCCCGGACGUCCUCUUCAAGGAGAAUAACUCUCCGUUUGUAUCUGCCUCUCCUAUCCCGCUUUCUACCAACCCUACUGCGGUUCCGCAUGCCCUCACUGAGCCAGAGAUAAAGGCGUACAUAGAGAAUUAUGUUACCGCCGCCAGGAAUGCCAUCGCAGCAGGCUUCGAUGGCGUCGAAAUCCAUAGUGCAAACGGAUACCUCAUCGACCAGUUCUUGCAAGAGGUGAGUAAUACCCGAGAGGAUGCCUGGGGAGGGAGUAUCGAGAAGCGAGCAAGAUUUGCGAUUGAGGUCGUGGAUGCGCUUGUAAAGGAGGUCGGCGCUGAGAGGGUCGGCAUUAGAUUGAGUCCAUGGAGUCCGUUUCAAGACAUGGGCCUCCCCGAUCCAAAACCACAAUUCUCCUACCUCGUAAGCCAGCUCCGGAAGUACGACCUCGCCUACCUACACGUCACCGAGCCACGUAUUGGUGGAAAUAUCGAUGUGGAUGCACCACCACAGAGUAGUAACGAUUUCCUGCGUGAGAUAUGGUGCAAGGAGGGCAAGAACGGCGUAUUCAUCAGUGCGGGUGGGUACACACGACAGACUGCGAUUGAGACAGCGCAGGAGCACGGGGGCAUGAUAGCAUUUGGCAGGUUGUAUAUUCCGAAUCCUGACCUCCCUGCCCGACUUAUAUACGACCUUCCGCUUGCCAAGUACGACCGUGCAACAUUCUACCUUGCCGGAGAUCAUACUGGGAAGGGAUACACCGAUUUUCCAGCAGUAGAUGCACCAGGGGAGAUGAAGAUUUUUCGAGGAUAA